CGUCACGCACCGACCAGGCGCCGCGGUGCAUGCCGGGAACAGAGAGGCGGCCUGACCGAACCCGGACACCGAACAGGGGAUCCCGUGCCCUGCUGCGCGCCACCCGUCUACGGGACAGCAGGGAGCACCGGGGCCGGCGCAGGCGGUGUCUGUGUGUGGGAUACGCCGACUCCCUUCUUCGGUGUACGGACCCUGGCACCCCCCCUCGUCCGUCCCCGGUUCCUGUCCUGUGUGUGGCACCGGGAUCCCCCCUCCUCAGGUCCACCGGUCCAUGCUGAACGGAACACGGGCUCCGGCUCAGGUUAACACGUUAGAGGACGGAUACCGGGAGGACACAGCAAGAUGAUGUGUGAAGUGAUGCCAACCAUCAGCGAGGCUGAGAUGCCUCCAGGGGGGAACGGAAGCCACGGAUCCGGCUCUCCCCUCCAGACGGACUCGGAUUCCCACUUUGAGCAACUCAUGGUGUCAAUGCUUGAAGAAAGAGACCGGCUGCUGGACACGCUGCGAGAGACCCAGGAGACUCUGGCGCUAAAUCAGGGCAAGCUACAGGACGUCACCCACGAGCGGGACUCUCUACAAAGACAGCUGAAUACAGCGCUGCCUCAGGAGUUUGCAGCGCUGACUAAAGAGCUGAAUAUCUGCCGGGAACAGCUGCUGGAGCGAGAGGAAGAAAUUGCCGAGUUAAAGGCCGAGAGGAACAACACCCGGCUUCUUCUGGAACAUUUGGAGUGUCUCGUUUCCCGGCAUGAGCGUUCUCUCAGGAUGACGGUGGUGAAGAGACAGGCUCAGUCGCCAGCCGGGGUCUCGAGUGAAGUGGAAGUUUUGAAAGCACUGAAGUCUCUUUUUGAACAUCACAAAGCUUUAGAUGAAAAGGUGAGGGAACGCUUACGAGUGGCGUUGGAGAGAUGUAGCUUACUGGAAGAAGAGCUCGCAAUAACGCACAAAGAGCUGAUGAUUUCACGGGAGCAGAACAAUCAGAAGAAAAGCUAUAAUGACGGCACUUCAGAUCACGAGCAGGAAAAUGCACCCAGCACCAAUGGCAAGAGAUCUUCUGACGGCUCUUUAAAUCACGAUGAAGACCUGUCGAAAGUCAUUGAGCUUCAGGACGUCAUUGAGAAACAGUCGAAGGAGCAGAGUCAGAUGAAGGAGCGCCUGGCCAUCCUGUCUAACCGGGUUACUGAGCUGGAGGAAGAUUUGGACACGGCAAGGAAAGAUCUCAUUAAAUCGGAGGAGAUGAACACAAAGCUGCAACGUGACACACGAGAGGCCAUGGCCCAAAAGGACGAUAUGGAGGAGAGGAUUACAACUCUCGAGAAACGCUACCUCGCUGCACAGCGUGAAGCCACAUCCGUGCACGACCUCAAUGAUAAACUUGAAAACGAAAUCGCUAAUAAGGAAUCGGUACUCCGCCAGAGUGAAGAAAAGAACCGCCAGAUUCAGGAACGUCUCGAGCUGGCAGAGCAGAAGCUUCAGCAGACGAUACGGAAAGCGGAGACCCUGCCUGAGGUGGAGGCUGAACUGGCGCAGAGAGUCGCUGCCCUCUCCAAGGCCGAGGAGAGACAUGGCAAUAUUGAAGAGCGGUUACGUCAGAUGGAAUCUCAGCUGGAAGAGAAGAACCAGGAGCUCCAGCGGGCCCGGCAGAGAGAGAAGAUGAAUGAAGAACAUAAUAAGCGCCUGUCCGAGACCGUGGACAAACUUCUCUCCGAGUCCAAUGAACGGUUACAGCUCCACCUGAAGGAGAGGAUGGCGUCCCUGGAGGACAAGAAUGCUCUCAUCAGAGAUGUCGAGUCUGCCAAGAAGCUGAUUGAGGAAAUCCAGCACGAGAAGGAGCAACUACUGAUCGAAAUAGAAAACCUCCGAUCCGAAAAUGAGCAGGUCAGGAUACGGGCAGCGUCGCUGCACCACAGCCGGCCUCACCUGGGCAGCGUUCCUGACUUCAGAUAUGCUCUUGCCCCGUCUUCAUUGUCUGAUGGGCAUCCCGAGUCUUACAGUUCUUCUCUGGUCCUACGGCGACCGCAGAAAGGACGGCUAGCUGCUCUGCGGGAUGAGCCCUCUAAGCACGUACAGACCCUCAAUGAGCAGGACUGGGAACGAGCCCAGCAGGCUAGCGUCCUGGCUAAUGUCGCCCAGGCUUUCGAAAGCGACGUGGAUAUUUCCGACAUGGAGGACGACAGGGACACCAUUUUCAGCUCCGUAGACCUCCUUUCCCCGUGCGGCCAGGCAGACGCGCAGACCCUCGCCGUUAUGUUGCAGGAACAGUUGGACGCUAUCAAUAAUGAGAUCAGGUUAAUACAGGAGGAGAAGGAGAACACAGAGCAGAGAGCUGAGGAGAUCGAGUCUCGGGUGGGCAGCGGGAGUCUAGACAACAUUGGCCGCUUCAGGUCGAUGACUUCUAUUCCUCCCUCGUUCACUGGCACGUCCCUCGCAGGGUCGUCCCCACCUGGUAGUGGCCGAUCGACCCCCAGAAGAAUCCCGCACAGCCCUGCUCGUGAAGUGGACAGGCUAGGUGUCAUGACUUUGCCUCCAGGUACUAGAGAUGAUCCUCGUGAUGACAAAGCCACAAUACGCUGCGAGACGUCCCCUCCUUCGUCUCCCAGAUCUUUGCGGUUGAGUUCGGUUCAUAAAGGAGCGUUGCACACCAUGAGCCACGAGGACAUCCGGGACAUUAGAAACUCCACGGGCUCGCAGGACGGUCAGGUCAGCAAUCCCAGCAGCAGUAACAGCAGCCAGGACUCCCUCAACAAAGCCCCGAAAAAGAAAGGAAUCAAGUCAUCCAUCGGACGCCUAUUUGGCAAAAAAGAAAAGGGCCGUCCUGGACUAAUGGGCAAAGAGUCUCUCGGACCAGGUGGAAUUCCAGAAUUUGAAAGCACUUCCCAAGAAUCUCUUGGACUUGCGAAGCUCGGAGGACCAGUAGAGAAAAACCGUAAGCUCCAGAAGAAGCACGAGCUGCUGGAAGAAGCUCGGCGACAAGGGCUGCCAUUUGCACAGUGGGACGGUCCGACCGUGGUUGUAUGGUUGGAGCUCUGGGUCGGGAUGCCCGCCUGGUACGUGGCUGCAUGCCGAGCCAACGUGAAAAGCGGGGCGAUAAUGUCGGCUCUUUCUGACACCGAAAUCCAGAGAGAGAUCGGUAUUAGUAACCCAUUGCACAGGUUAAAACUGCGGCUCGCCAUCCAAGAGAUCAUGUCCCUGACCAGUCCUUCCGCUCCCCCCACAUCUAGAACGUCCACGGGAAAUGUCUGGGUUACUCACGAAGAGAUGGAAACUCUCACAGCCUCUCCACAAACGACGCUAGCGUACGGGGACAUGAACCACGAGUGGAUUGGGAACGAGUGGCUGCCCAGCCUUGGGUUGCCCCAGUAUCGCAGUUAUUUCAUGGAGUGCCUUGUCGAUGCCAGAAUGCUGGACCAUUUAACCAAGAAGGACCUCCGCGGGCAGUUAAAAAUGGUCGACAGCUUCCACAGGAACAGUUUCCAGUGUGGCAUCAUGAGCUUGCGGAGGCUGAACUAUGACAGGAAAGAGUUGGAGAGGAAAAGGGAAGAAAGUCAAAAUGAAAUUAAAGAUGUCCUUGUUUGGAGCAAUGACCGAGUCAUCAACUGGAUUUUAUCCAUCGGGCUUAAAGAAUAUGCAAAUAACCUUCUAGAAAGUGGGGUUCACGGCGCCCUGAUUGCCUUAGAUGAGACUUUUGAUCACAACACAUUAGCUCUGCUGCUACAAAUUCCCACUCAGAACACACAGGCACGUUCAGUGUUGGAGCGGGAAUUCAACAACCUUCUCAUAAGAGGAACAGAAAGAAGAUUUGAUGAUGAUGAUGAUAAAAGCUUUAGACGGGCCCCGUCGUGGCGAAAGAAAUUCCGACCAAAGGAUGUGCGAGGACUAAGUGCUGGCUCUGCAGAGACACUACCCGCCAACUUCAGAGUCAACUCCUCUAUGUCUUCACCUUCUAUGCAGCCAAAGAAAAUGCAGAUGGAUGGCAAUAUGUCUGGAAUACAAAGACUGGAUUCAGCCACAAUUAGGACAUACUCCUGCUAACGGUAUCUGUCGUUUACCCUCAUUACUUCUACAGAUGAAUAUGCAACAUCUGAAUCCAUCUUGAUUCCACAUUUCCAGACCUGGCCGAGUUCUCCGUACAAAUCAAGCUGUCCAGACACUUUUUGAGAUAUUUUAAUACAGAGUUUUUAAAUUAGCGAGUAAAAUUAUAGAUAGGAGAAAUAUUUUAGAAUUUUAACCGUUUUGUCCUAUUUCUGUUCACUCCCGCGAGAGGAUUUUUCCUGUCGUCCAUUUUCCAUGUUUCCUCUGUGUCCUCGUUCAUCCCCCUAUUUGUCCGCGGUUUUCCCCUCGACCACCUUACUGAAUGUACUGUAACUCCGCGUGAGUCCCUGCUAAUCACCAGGGGGCUUUGUAAAUGAUUCUAGUAUUGUAAUUUAUGGGUAUAUUUCAUAAUGAGCCUGACGGGAAAGUUUUUGUGUAAUUUUUUUUAUUUUUAUUGUAUUUGUACAGUCUUAGAACAUCGAGAAAAUCUAUUGAUAUCAUUAACCUGGUACCAGAUUGUGAAGUGUCCCCAGCCUUCCACAAUCCUUAGAAUGAUUUACUCAGUCUACGUUGCUUCGCUUUUUUUUCUUCUCCUGGUCGGACUUUAAGGGGGCAUGUACAUUUUUCUUACGUUGGGUUAACUGUUUUAGCGCUUUUUUUUAUGUACUGUCAUAUCAGAAUAAAGCCAUAAAAGCAUUUUCUAAAAAAUGUUAGAAAAAAAAAAAAUUUAAGGUGUCGUAUAGGAUUGAAAAAAAAAAAAAAAAGAGAACUUUUAUACUUAAAACAGCGACACUCUUGUCUGUGGACUGUGCCUGAUUCUGCAGCUUUGACCCAGGGACUUAAAGGGGUUGUGUCAUCUCCUACAUUGGGGACACAUCCCUAAGAUAUGCCCUUAAUGUCUGAUAGGUGCGGGUCCCACCUCUGGGACCCUCACCUAUCUUUAGGACGGAGUCCGCAAAGUUAAGGAGAGCACACAGCGUAUGCACCGUCGCCCUCCAUUCAUUCCUUUGGAACUGCCGACCCAUAGAAGCGAAUGGAACGGUGUCCGCGCUUGUGUGGUGCGCCUCCCAUUCAUUUCAGUGGGACUUCCGAAAAUAACUGAGCGUACUUCUCGGCUAUUUUCGGCACUCCCAUAGAAAUUAAUGGAGGUUGGGCAGGCAUGCGCUGUGAGCCUUCCUUCCCUUUGUGGGCUCCAUCCUAUAGAUAGGUGCGGCUCGUAGAGGUGGGAUCCGCACCUAUCGGACAUUUGGGGCAUACCCUAGCGAUGUGCCCCCAAUGUAUGAGAUGAUUCAACUUCCCUUUUAAAGAAGUUCGUGGCUGUGGUUGGGACACCCAUCGUAAGUGGCGGUCAGAGGUGGGUGGUGUGGCAGAAGCAGCCGUCCUGUGAUCCGCUUUUUCCAUAGCUUCAGUUCACGUCUAUGGGAGUUACGGAAAAAGCAUAGCGCAGUCCGCUGUUUCUGUAACUCCGACUACCUCUGGCCUCAGCAAACAAUGGCCAUUUCAGUCUAGGGCUAGCCAUCAAUGGCUUUGAAAUACCGCUCAGUAUAAAGAAUAAAAAUCUGAAGCCGCGCUGGCUUUAAAAUACCCCUUUGAAUGAGGCUGAGCUGUAAUACCACAUGAAGCCUGCGGACCGGCGUGGCGCUGUUUCUAGCAUAGAAAUGGACCAUUUUUCUCAUCUUAAACCACCUUUUAAGGAGAUCUUGUGUCCCCUGGCUUCAUCUGCCCGCUCCUAAGGACACUAUAUAAUAUUUAUAAGGCGGGGCUAUGUAGCAGUCCAGGGGACCUGUAAGGACCAAUUAAAAUUCUCCUGCCCGAUAUUGUAGGUUGUCGCUGCACAGCCUGUUUUAUACUAAAGGCCUUAUCUUUUUCAUUGUCCUCUGAAGUCCAGUUGUGUUUGUUCCCGAAGGAAACGAUCAGGACAAGGCUGAGGCUGGACGGCCACAUCUGGUCAUUCGGAGGUAUCGCAAUCCAAUUUUUAAUGACGACCAUUGCAAAAAUAUGUCCUGAUUGGAUUUUUUUUUUGCAUUGGUCGUAAGGUCGCCCUUGAUUACUAUAGGGACUCAUUGAUGUCCUGACGUGGUAAUGUGGCGUGAUUAGAUGUGGCCCCCGAGCCUUAGCUCAUGAUCCUGUGGAUUUCUUAUCCCCCCCCCCCCCCCCACCUUUAAAUGUCAUGCUCAAAGUGUAAAAAAAAUAAAAAUUUAAAACCUGACUACGAAUCAGUUGUGUUGGAAAUCCUGAUGUAUUAUUUAUUGCCGUUGACGUUCUAUAAACUGUCUUGGUAACUUUUACUUUUUUUUUUUUUUUUUCAUGUAUAAAUUUGGAUUCCUUGUUACAUUGUUGCUGUUUUUUUGUUUUCUAAUCCUGUUUGUGUACUUUCUGAUGAUGUAACAAUAUAUGUACAGUCUCCGGACUUUUUGGACUAUUUUUAUCACAGUAUUAUUUAUUGCUUUCUUUCAAUAAAAUACUGAAGCAUUUUCCACUGCCAAUAAAAAAAAUGUGGUGAAAAAUUA